AUGACACAAUUAAAUUUUUCGGAAAACUUACGCAUCCUAGGACUCACCUUCGAUCACAAACUGUCAUGGAAAACACACAUCAAAAAACUAAAAACUAGUUGCAUGGGUAGAAUGAACAUUAUUAAAACUUUAUCAAACCUUUCAUGGGGUUCUGACCAGAAUAGCCUCAUAUUAAUAUACAAAUCAUUAAUUCUCUCACUCAUGAAUUAUGGUUCGGUCAUUUAUGGCACUGCCAAAGCUACGACACUCUCCUCACUUGAUCCGAUUCACAACCAAGGAAUUAGACUAGCCACUGGCUCUUUUAAAACUAGUCCAGUGGCCAGCAUAUUAUGUAAUGCCGGAGAACCUCCUCUGCAAAUCAUUCGUGACAGUAACACGAUUAAAUAUAUGAUCAAGAUUUCAAACCAGCCAAAACAUAUAUCCUUCUCUAACUUCCACCAAAAUUUUCCAUAUACUAAAGCGAAGACUCCCACUACAAUCUUUGAAAACUUCAAUCGAAUAAAAAAGAAUAUUAAUCUUAAUAUAGAUUUAACCAAGAAGUCCCUCUUUCCUAUACAAGCGCCUUGGACUUGGUCCCCGGAUAUUAAUACGGAUCUUCUCAAAUAUAACAAAAACACAACUGCAAACUCGUCCAUAGUUGCCCUAUUCUACGAAUCUGUUGAAUUCUUAUACUACGACUACACACUUAUCUACACAGAUGCAUCUAAAAGUAUUAACGGAACAGGUUUCGCAAUAGUGGACGGCCAGCAAGCUAAAACUUUUCGACUUCCUUCAUUCUCCAGUAUCUUCACAGCGGAAUCCUAUGCGUUAUAUAUGGCAGUCCAAUUCGUCGUACAAUCAGACUAUAAGUAUUCACUUAUAAUAAGCGACUCUCUCAGCGCCCUUAUCUCACUACAAGACCAUCAUCCUCAAAAUGAAGUAAUCCAACUUACCAAAGACCUUAUCUCCUCAUCGAAAAACAAAAUUAAGUUUAUGUGGGUCCCAUCCCACAUAGGUAUCCCCGGGAACGAAAAAGCCGACAAGAUGGCGAAUGAAGCAGUUACAUCCACAACCUCUACCAUCAUAAAUAAAAUUCCGAGUAAAGACCUAUUAAAUGAAGCCCAUAAACGGAUUAUAAAAACAUGGCAAAAUCACUGGGAUUCAAUUCCCUCCAGUAACAAACUCAGAAACAUAAAAAAAUCUAUAUCCAAAUGGGCAUAUCCAGAGAACGCAUCAAGGAGAGAACAAAUAGUUAUAAACAGAUCCAGAAUAGGCCAUUCCCAUAUCACGCACUCAUAUCUGAUAACCAAGGAAACCCCCCCCUUGUGUGACACAUGUAAAACUCCCCUUACAAUGGCACACAUCAUUAUUGUCUGCCCCAAAUUCUCAACCGCACGUUUCCUGCUCAACAAUCCAAGGUCAAUUGAAGAAGCCCUCAGUCAACAGAACUCCGACAACAUUUUCAAAUUUUUUAAAAAAAUAGAACUUGACAAAAAACUGUAA